GUCGCUGCCCGAGGAGGAAUUCGGAGGAGGCGCGAGGCCCGGUGCUCGCGCCGCGCCCGGGAGCCCGGGAAAGAGGCCGCCAGCGGCGGCGGCGGCAUGAGGCAGGCGACGCGGCGCCUGUGAGCAGCGCGCGGCGGCGGCGGGGAACCUCAGCGCGGGGAGAGCCGAGCGGCCGGGGGCUCCCCUCCCCCGCUGCCGGGCGGUGAUUUGCCGGGCCUGCUGCGCCCCCCGCCCACCCCUCGCCCCAGCCGCCGCCUCGCCGCUUCCCUUCGUCGGAGCGGCCGCUCGUCCGCCCGCCCGCCCGCCCGGCUCGAGGCCCGCGGGGAGCGCGGCGCAGUCCUUUGGCCCGCGGGGGGGCGGCCUCCCGGCAUCUUCGCGGCGCCCAAGGACGACCAGGAAGGGGAGCGGCCGGGAUGGCGCGUCCGCGGCCCCGCGAGUACAAGGCGGGCGACCUGGUCUUCGCCAAGAUGAAGGGCUACCCGCACUGGCCGGCCCGGAUUGAUGAACUCCCAGAGGGAGCUGUGAAGCCUCCAGCAAAUAAGUAUCCUAUCUUCUUUUUUGGCACCCAUGAAACUGCAUUUUUAGGUCCCAAAGACCUUUUCCCUUAUAAGGAAUACAAAGACAAGUUUGGAAAGUCAAACAAACGGAAAGGAUUUAAUGAAGGAUUGUGGGAAAUAGAAAAUAACCCAGGAGUAAAGUUUACUGGAUACCAGGCAAUUCAGCAACAGAGCUCUUCAGAAACCGAGGGAGAAGGCGGGAAUACUGCAGAUGCAAGCAGUGAGGAAGAAGGUGAUAGAGUAGAAGAAGAUGGAAAAGGCAAAAGAAAGAAUGAAAAAGCAGGCUCAAAACGGAAAAAGUCAUACACUUCAAAGAAAUCCUCUAAACAGUCCCGGAAAUCUCCAGGAGAUGAAGAUGACAAGGACUGCAAAGAAGAAGAAAAUAAAAGCAGCUCUGAGGGUGGAGAUGCCGGCAAUGACACAAGAAACACAACUUCAGACUUGCAAAAAACCAGUGAAGGGACCUAACUACCAUAAUGAAUGCUGCAUAUUACGAAAACCACAAGAAGGUUAUACGUUUGGUUGUCUAAUAUUCUUGGAUUUGAUAUGAACCAACACAUAGUCCUUGUUGUCAUUGACAGAACCCCAGUUU